AUAAAGCAAUGUCUGCGUCCACGAAAAGUUGGUGAUUUUAAAUCAUCUGUUUUAAAUUGAUGCAUCUGAAAACUUUUGUCAAGUAAAUUUUGAUUAAGAAAUUGUAAUGGAACGGCAAAGUUUAAAAAUCCUGGUAAGUGGUGAUGUUGGUGGUCAAUUCACUGCACUGUUCAAGAGGGUGUCCAGUAUACAGAAAAAGAAUGGACCAUUUGAUUUAUUACUGUGUGUUGGUGAUUUCUUUGGAACCAAUGAUGAAGAAUGGGAAGAUAUUGUAUCUGGAAGUAUAAAAGUACCCAUCAGCACCCUUAUUCUUGGCCCCAAUAAACCUGAGCAUACAAAGUAUUUCAGUGGAAAAGAUGGCACAGAACUGUGUGAAAACAUUACCUAUCUUGGUAGUCGAGGCAUGUUCACAGGAAGUUCUGGUUUACAAAUUGCUUACCUCAGUGGAGUGGAGAGUUCCGGUUCCACCUGUGGUCCGACAGAGUUUGACCUGGAGGCUGUGACCUCUCUCACGGUUCCAGUGGCUGGAGACAGCAAAUUUAAAGGAGUGGACAUCCUGUUGACCUCACAGUGGCCUGUGGGAGUCGAAAAAUAUGCUGAUGAUAUUCAAGGGGCAGAUAACUCAGCCACAAGAUCUGCAGCAGUGGCUGAGAUUGCCAGAGUUCUUCGCCCAAGAUAUCAUUUCUGUGGUUUGGAUGGAAUCCAUUAUGAAAGACACCCAUAUAGAAACCACCAGGUGCUUUCAGAGUCCGCUCGCCAUGUGUCUCGCUUCAUAAGUCUGUCCAAAGUGGGAAAUUCUCAAAAGAAAAAGUUUCUAUAUGCAUUCAGCAUCACCCCUCUUUCCAAAAUGGACUCAGUAGAACUUAUAAAACAACCUCAAGAUGUCACUGAGUGUCCAUACAAACCAUCAAGCAAUCUGGCAUAUACUUCGAACUCUAAAGAGGAGCAAUCUACUCAAUUCUUCUACGACAUGACAGUCAAGAAAGAUAACUCUGGACAGAAGAGGAAAUCGGGGUCAGGAGAUUAUUCAGGAGAAAGAAAACGAAAGCCACCUCAACCCACUGGACCCUGCUGGUUUUGUCUAGGCAGUCCUCAAGUAGAAAAACAUCUUGUUGUCAGUGUUGGCACAGAGAUCUACAUUGCACUUGCAAAGGGUGGUUUAGUGCCCGAUCACGUGUUGAUACUGCCGAUUGGCCAUCACCAGUCAAUAGUCUCCGCACCCACAGAUAUCCAAGAGGAGAUCAUUAAGUAUCAGUCAUCUCUGAAGAAGUUUUUCAAGGCGCAGGGAAAAGGUGUGGUAUUCUUCGAGAGAAACUUCAGAACUCAACACCUCCAGAUUCAAGUAGUGCCCAUUCCCGAAGAUACGAUCAUUGAUGCGAAGGACGUAUUUAUGGAUUGUGCCGAGGGUAGCUCCAUCGAGCUGUACGAGAUACCCAAACAUUCCGACCUCAAGCAGAUUGUCCCAGUUGGUGCUCCAUACUUCUAUGCUGAAAUGCCGACGGGAGAAAAGCUGUUGCACAGGAUAUCAAAAUCAUUCCCUCUUCAGUUUGGAAGAGAAGCAUUAUCUCAGCCUGGUCUUUUGAACAUGCCUGAACGAGUUGACUGGAAGAAUUGUGUUUUAUCAAAAGAUGAGGAGUCAGAAAUUGCAGCUUCUUUUAAAACAGACUUUAGACAGUAUGAUUUCAACUUUACAUGACCUGUCAUUAAAUCAGAAAAAUCUGAUGGGUUUGCAAUAUAGGAAGUAUUCAGAAAAUUUUGAAAUCAUUCUUGAAAGAUUUUAUACACUGAAUGUGAAAUUCUGACUGGUGUGGAAUAAUUCACACAUGCUAGGAACAAUUUAAAACUGGACAGAAAAAAGAUUUUAGACGUUGAUAAGGUACAUUUUUAAUUUAUCAAGAGUUAGUUUCAAUACUUUUAUUACUUUGUACAUAAAUAUGUUUUUAGAAAUGUCUUUUUGGAUGUUUUUAAAUAAAUAAACCUAUUUUUGUUAAA